AUGACAGCAUUGUGUUUUUUCUUUCACGCAUUUGUGAAUGCUCCACCUUGCACUACUGUUUGUUGUGCUGCGGUUACUACUUGUCCUCUUUGUACUGAUCCUAAUUAUGGUACUAUUUAUUGUAGUUAUGGUUCUACUUAUAAUGUUUAUUACAUUUAUUCUCCUGAUGGUUAUGAUCCUCCUGACGCUGCUGCUGCUGCUGCUACUGGUUGUAAUGCUGAUAAUGCUGCUAAUAAUGGUGGUAAUGAUGCUUAUGAUGAUGCUGGUUGUGGUUAA